AUGUGCGCACCUGCAGAGAAGACUAAGUUGCUGACUGAGGAACAGAUAGUUGAGGGGUUUCAGAAGCUGCGUUAUGAGCAGAGAGCCAUAGCUAGUAAGAUUACUGGACUCGAGAUGGACCAGAGAGAGCAUAACAUGGUCAUAAAGGUGCUAAAGAACGUCGAUUCUGAACGAAAAUGCUUCCGAUUAAUCGAUGGCGUACUUGUUGAACGGCAGGUGAAGCAUGUCCUUCCUGCGCUCAUAGCAAAUGAAAAGAAGGCAAGUCCAUUUUGUUUUCUCACACGCCUUCGAGUUAUUGCCCGUCGAAUGGCUGAGGCUCUAGAGGUUCUACGUCGCCAAUUUGACGAGAAAGGAAUAGAACUUCAGGUUUACAAGGAGGAGCACAAGAUCCGUUUGGCUGGUGAAGAGCCUGUUGACAAUGGUAGUGGCGGUACUGCUGCUAGCAGCAGUAGCAGCGGUGAAAAGGGGGGUGGUGGUGCCUCAUCAGCCUCCGCUUCCUCUGGAGUUCUUGUCACGUAG